AUGGGGUCGGGGCUGCGAGCGGCCACCUCGCCGCGGCUGCAGACCGUCCUCCUGGAUGUCACCUCCAGCCAGAGCAUCGCCGUCGCCACCGCCUGGGUCCGGGAGCGUGUGGGCGACCGAGGGCUCUGGGGGCUGGUGAACAACGCAGGGACUGCCAUCCCGACCGCCCCUAAUGAGUGGCUGACCAAGGACGACUUUGUCAAGGUGCUGGACGUCAACCUCGUCGGCCUCGUCGAGGUGACGCUGAGCCUCCUGCCCCUGGUGCGGCAAGCGCGGGGCCGGGUGGUCAACGUGGCCAGUGUGAUGGGCCGUGUCUCCUUUUUCGGCGGGGGGUACUGCAUGUCCAAGUAUGGCGUGGAGGCCUUCUCCGACAGCCUCCGGCUUGAGAUGCGCAGCUUCGGGGUGAAGGUCAGCGUGAUUGAGCCAGGCUACUUCAAGACGAUGAUCACCAACACCGAGCUCCUGGAGAAUAAUUUUCUUUCCAUCUGGGAGAAGCUCCCGGAGGAAAUCAAAGCAAGUUACGGGGAGAAUUACUUGAAGCAGUUUUUGGUAACACUCAGGAAGAUGCAGAAGGGAUACAACUCCAACCUGAGGCUGGUCACAGACUGCAUGGAGCACGCGCUGACCAGCCGCUACCCUCGCACACGCUACUCUGCAGGCUGGGAUGCCAAGCUGAUCUACAUCCCCCUCAGCUACCUGCCGUCAGCCCUCACAGAUGUCAUAUUCACCUGGUUAUCCCCCAAACCUGCCCGGAAAGCCUAAGGCAGGGAAUUGGCAUAGGCAGCUGACAGGCAGCAGCAGCCAGGGCCGGGCAGUGCAGGGUGGGACCCAGCAUGGCCCACAGCCAAGCCCAUGCCGAUAGGUUCCUGAAUUUUUAACACAAUGUAUGUUUCACACCUGCUGUCCUCUGUUAGCAGACCAGUUUGCUUCUGAAUAAAGACAACUCCUCCUCCCUGCCUGGCAGAGCUUGGUUUCGGCCUCAGCUGGGGUGGCGGCACCGAGGCCAUGUCCCUGCUCCUCCAACGGCACCAGCACUGCCGCCGGCCGUGCAGUGCCAUGCCGCAAGAGCUCUUGGGGUCUCUGGCUGUUCCCCUGAGUCCCUGCUCCAUGCAGGCUCCAGCCCUCACAGAGGUGAGAGCUGCACUCACCCGAGCCAGCACUCCAGGAGUUAACAUGUGAAUAAAAACCAGACCCGUACAAACCUGGGCAGAUUUCCCUCUGGGCAGAGGGCUGGGCAGCCUCUGGCGAGUCCUCCUCCUCCUCGGUGCCCCUCGGGCAUCCCUGAGCAGCGCCUGCUUCUGUGCAUGGCUCUGCAGACCUGCAGCGCCCAGUCAGCGAAGGCUGCCCCGCUCCAGCAAACCAUGCCCGGGCACCGCUGUGGCUGCGGACACCAGGACGCCCCUUUGCCUGUGUCCAGGCUCACCCCAGCAGCUUUGCUGCCUUCUUGUGCAGGGCCCGUCCCGGGGUGAGGGGACAAAGCUGCUGUCCCCCACCAGACCAAAGCCGGGCAAGUGCUGCACAGCCGGCGAGAGGGAGAAGUCCAAGGCCAGGUGCUGCCAACCGUGUCUGGAGAGCAGCCAAACCCUGCUCCAUGGGGCAGCUGGAUCCACCCUGCCAGCACAAACAGCCAUUAAAAGCCAAAGUAGAGCUCCAGGCACACGGAUCUGUGUGAGGCGAAGCCAUGAACUGCAAGUGAGAGAUGCAAAACUUUCUUCAGGUGCUGCUGCUGCAAUCCUG